GGGAAGAGAGGAGCGGUAGAGGAGAGGAGCGAUGAGGACAGCAGUGAGUGUGGACCUCUGAUGACAGACAUGCUGAGUCCAAAGAUCCGUCAGACACGCAGGGCGGCCCGCUCCAAGAGCAUGGUGAUGGGCGAGGUGUCACGGGGGCCGGUGGUGCGCUGCUGCACUUCCCCUGGUGUCCAGGAGGGUGCGCUGAGGGCCGGCUGGCUCAGGAAGCAGCGGAGCAUCAUGAAGAACUGGCAGCUGCGCUGGUUUGUGCUCAGAGCAGAUCACCUCUUCUUCUACAAGGACCAGGAAGAGACCAAACCACAGGGCUGUAUUGCUCUGCUGGGCAGUCAGGUGCAUGAGCUAACCGCUAACCCUGAGGAGCCGGGAAAACACCUGUUUGAGAUCAGCCCUGGAUAUCUGCAGCAGUUCCACAUGUCCCCAGCAGAGGGCGCACUGAGAGGACGUUUGGCCUUCACUUCAGAUGGGGGUCAGACCGGAGCAGGCUUACAGUAA